GUAUUGAUGAAAUCGCGCGAGAAUGUCGAGAUGUUCGAGGUUCAGCUUGUUACCAAGAUCAAUAAAACUUUAACAUUUAAUUCAAUAUUUAGCCUAUUUGAUGACAUUAAAGAGUAAAUUUACUAAACAAUCGUAUCAUAGUUUACUUAGAUAGGAUGAAUUACAUAACUAUGCCUUGAUUUUGAUUUGAGAUGUUGCUCUACUUUGUUUACAUAUCAGUUGUCAAAACUAAUGUAAACAACAUGGCGGCGACCAUGCAAGUCACGACUGGGUUAUCCGUUAUGACAACACAUACACAAAAACCGAAGGAACGGAGCAGUUCUCUCUUGUAAAACGGACUUGUGUUUAGCUACCAUUGGAAGCCCAAAUGAGCACACUGGAUGUGGACUAUGCCCCUGCAGGAAUGUCGAAGAUACCAAGAUACAAGCCUAAAUCUCACCCCCUCCCUCCAUUAGAGGCUAACAAUGCGAGCGAAGGUCUUAAACCUUCUCGACUUCAGCAGCUUCAAUCAAACUACCAACAGAAAAUACUCAAGGAGAAGGAAGAGAAACUCGUGAAUAUGUAUGAAGAAAACCAAAAGAGGGCUCUUCACAGAGUGCAAUCCAAAGGUUCCAUGAGGGAUUUUUUCAAACAGAGAAGAGCGAUGGAACAGAAUGGAAUUGUUCAACAAGCACCAACAAUAAAUAACCAUUUCAAAAUGGUUAGACAAGCUCCUUCACAAAAUGGAGGCACCUGGUCACCAAACGCUAGACAACAUUCUGGGAGCUCUGUUAAUUCUAUGGGACGGGACAGAAGCAACCUCCUGGCUCCUAUUGACCGUAAUGUGCCAGUGCCCCAGAAACCCCAACGACAUGGUCGACCCAAAACCAAGGACUCUGUUGUUGAAGAGAAGACGCUACAAAUGAAUGGAAAUAUAAAGACUACCCCAUCUGUCUCCAGAAAUGGCAGCUACAGGUCGCAAAAAUCUCCCUUGGAGGGGACUCCCCCUCCUAACAUGACAAACCUGAAAAAUAUAAAAAAUCAGAAAAUAAAUAGAUAUAGCAAACCUCCAUCAGGGAAACCACAACAAGCCAAAAUGUCAGACUUUGAGAAGUGGCAGCUGGAACAGGAUCAAACCAGGGAAAACCGGCUGAAAGCACACAGGCAGGAAACUUCAGGUUACGAGUAUGACCCCAGCGAGGAUGAGGAUGAAAAUGAUGAAAAUAAUUCUCAGGACGACAUUGCCAGGAAGCAGAGAGAGCUUAUGGAACAAAUAGCCAAACAGCAGUCCGAGCUGGAGAGGAUCAGGCUGGAGAGAGAACAGGAGGAAAUUGAGGAAAAGAAGGAAAUGGAAAGAAGAAGGAAAAGGGAAGAGGAAAGAAGACGGAGAAUGAAAGAAGAGGAAGAAAGAAGGAGGAAAGAGGAAGAAGAGAGAAGAAUUCAAGAAGAAGAGGAACAUCAGCAAAGACUUGCUGAAAUGAAAAUCAGUCAAAAAAAUGCCUAUAAAGCAAAACAGCAAUAUCAGGAGGAGGACCCCUAUUCACAACACUACGAUGAGAGCACGUACAGAAAGAAAUCACCUGCUGACCAGUACCAACCAACCCCUCCACCGAAACCAAAACCAAAGGCAGUCAGAGUGCAGAAAAAACAGGCUCCCAAACACCCCGCUCCCGCAGAAAGAACCCCCUCCCCCCAGUUCACCACCAAUGAUUUAUCAAUGUAUGAGAAUGCAGCUAUGGAUAAGGAAGCGUAUGCAGGGGGCAGUGUCAAACUGGUCGCUUGUUCAAACUGCGGCAGGAAAUUUGCUGCAGACAGACUUCAGCGCCACAAGGAUGCUUGUGGUAACCUAACGAAGAAGCGCAAGGUGAUGGACCCCACCAAGAUGAGAGUGGCUGGGACAGAUAUGGAGAAAUAUACUGAUAAUAGACACAGAUCGAAGACACCCCCGAAGAAAGGUGACUGGAGAAAAAAGAGGGAGGGUUUCAUCCAGGCUAUGCGUUACGCCAAGAAAUGUGCUGACCUUGAGAAAAAAGGAGGGGAUAUACGUAACCUAACACCCCCACCACCUUCAGAAAACCCAGACUACAAGCAGUGUCCAUACUGUUCACGAAAAUUUAACCCAGAUGCUGCAGCGCGACAUAUUCCACGAUGUAAAGAUCUCAACACCCGUCCAGCUCCUGCAAGGAAGGGCAGACGAUGAACUAAUCUAUUAAAAGUAUUUCAGAAAAUUAAACCAAUCAUACUUUUGCUAUAAAUGACUGAAUAUUUUCUGAAGAAGCGAGACAAUGUUUUAAUAGGAAAAGUCUCGAUAAAAUCUUUUAAAAAGUGCUUGCAAUCUGUUUUUAAUUGACCAAUGGUCAGAUUUUUUAAAUUCCUGUUGAAAUUGAAAUUCUAUUUUUGUGAUGCACAUGAUGAUUUAAAAGCACUUUGAUCUGUGAUACAUGUAUCAAUGAAUGUGUUAAUGAAUGAAGUAUUCAAUUCUGUACCUGUUUCAGUACACUUCUGUUGAUUUUUUUCCAAUGAGAGCAAUUGUUGAUAAAUACAUGAGCCAUAUUUUGAUGCCUCCCAUUGCCAAGUAUUCAUGUAUGCUUCAAAAAAGCAGAACAUUUAAAAGCAUUUAGUAUCUCGUUUCUUAAUCAGAAAGAUGUCAAUUGCAUUUUUGCGAAUUUCAGUCUUCAUUUUCACAUGAGAUUUUGGUACAGUAUUAUUUUUAAAGGUAUAUGUGUAGAUUUUAUGCCCUUUGCAUCCUGACAGAAAUCCUAAAUACAGUCUGAGAUUAUGGAAUUUGUAUGUCAUUAAUCCAUUGUGUAAAUCUUGCAGAAUUACAGUCUACCCCACUUAUAUUGAAAUCACUUAUAUUGAAAUCUCUGUUAUACUGAAGUGAAAAUAAAUCACCAAUAACAUUAUUUGUAUAGUUCAACGUCAGUUAUAUUGAACUUUAGAUGUAAUGAACAAUUCAGAAUCUUUCGAAGAAUUUCAAUAUAUUCGGGCUAGACUGUGACUGUAUAUCAUAUGCUGUGUAGUAUGAAUCUCCUUUAAUAUCAUACAGUGUUCAACAUCAAGGCUAAACAGCAAUAUAUUAAAUAUAUUGUAAAAUGAUGGAACAAUAUGGACCUUGAUGAAAUAAUGAAGGCAUUUAUAUUUGUAAUGAGAGAGUUGACUGUGAUUUUUUAAAAUGUUUAAAUGGUAUAUACUUACUUUCAUGAACAGUAAUUCAAUCUCUGUUUUUUAAAAGGUUUGUUUUAUUAACUGUUGCACUAAUUAAGGUGUACACUUUUUUUUAUCAGUGCUAGAUGUUUUCAGAUUUAAAUUUUGUUUGAAUUCAUAAAAUCAAUUUGAAUAUAUUCAACACAUUUAUGUUGCAAGCUCAAUGUACAAGCUGUUGGUCAUCUCUAUCAAUCUGAAAUUAUUGUGAUGCUAAAGAUUUUGGAUUUUUUAAAAAAUAUUUUGACAAACCAAUGUAAUGUGCAUCAUAAAAAGUAUUUUAGAUUUUCUGUAAACCAAGCUGUGUUCUGGCAGAGGUACUAAAGGGUUUUGUUAUACACUAGUUAAAGUUUGUGAAUAUCUGAUUACAUGUAUUUUUUAAUUAAAUCGAUGAAACUAAUAAAUCGUACCUUCAGUUAACAAA